AUGAAACUCUCAUUGUCAACUGAGUGGUUAUUCUUUCAUCUUUGGAAAAAGAACCCUGAUACUAAUUCUAGCUGUCCAGGGGUAUUUGUGGCAGAUACGAUUAUCUACAGAUGGGCACAACCUUACUUCUGGUACUUUACAGCUAAAGAUGGUUAAAUAUUAAGAAAAACAAAAGAACGCAUAUUUGUGGAGCAGAUUGAGGAAAUAUUCCAAAAAAGUGGCGACAUUUCAGCUUUAUAUUUAUAAAGCUAACAAAAUAAAAUAAUAUUUGAAUACUUUGAGAAAAGUGAGUUUGUGCAAUUUCUCCAUUAAAGGGAGAAAGCCUUAAAUGCAUUACUUCAAAAGUUCGUUGAACCAAAAUCUUCUAGAAACUCAAUGAUAAAGGUGUCCUGGAGUCCUCAAUUUUGUUUAUUAUCCAGGAAAACAAAUAAUAAUGAUCUUAAAAAUAAUAAAAUUCCUAUUGAAGAUAGAUUAGUUACAUUCGAAGGUCCAGAACAUUUAUCCACUACUGACUCUAUAGCUUCACCAAUAUUAUCAUCCGAUAUCGAACAAAUUUGUCUAAAUAUAGUCAAACAUAUUUAAGAUGUAUCUGGAGGCAAUAUUCAGAUAUCCAGAAUGGUUCUAUUUUUUAAAAUAGAUGAAAAAAAUAGAUUAUGGCUACUCUUUAGUAGUGGAGUCAAAGUUAGAUAAAAAUUUAUCAAUGAAGAAACCAUAUCAGAUUUUCCUAAAUAAAAGGAGAGAAUCUAAUCUCCAAUUAUGCUAUUAUAAACUUAAUUGAAAAUUGGAUAGACUUCAAAAUUCUCAGUUGAUACUCAAGGAUUUGUAAAACAAACUGGUAGCAGUUGCAAUAAUUGCUCACUGCAAGGAGAAAUGUAUGAACUAACAGUCUAAUAAUACAUAGCAUCUUAUGAUUAGGGAAUAUUUGAUGAAGAAACACUAAUAAUAAGAUAAAAAGUAUCAAAAAAUCCAGUAAAGAAAUCAGAUAAUGAGGAAGAUUAUUAUGUUGAAGGUUCAUUAAAUAUUCCAGGUCUUCUGUUAAAAAUAUGGGGUAAGAUGGAUAUAGAAAAGUAUAAGCAUUUAAGGAACAAUAUGAGUUUCAUGAAUCUAAAAUUAUAACUAUGCUUAGAUUGCUACUUAAAAUUUACCAGAAUUCAUGUUGAAUCAAAAAGUGAAAGAGAAGCUAAAUAAACAGUUGUAUCCAUACCUCCAUUAUGGUAGCCUUCCAAAACGAAAAUCUAAAACAAUUAAGAGACUUUAACAUUGGUUUCAUCCACAAAGUAAAAUAAAAUAUAUCAGACUCCUGCAAAAUAAGUGCAAUUACCUUCACAUUCACAACAAAAAUAGUAAUCUUAGUAAUAAUCACAAUAAUAAUAAUCAUAAUUGACUCAAUAACAGUAACCUCAAUCACCGAUUGUGAUUCCAAAAUUGAGUCUGCCCUCAAAAGACAUAAGUGAACGAGUGAUAGCCACAACCCAUCACACAGACAGACAAAGUAAUUUCCCAUCAAAAAGGGUUGCAAAGAUAUACAAUAAUCUAUAAGGUGUUAGUCUGCCACAUUCUUAAUCAUCUUUAAACACAACAAGAUCUACCAUUACUCAUUCAUAACGCCUUGUCAGUAUUUAAUAAUUGAAAGAAAUUUUGCAAACAGAAUAACUUUGA